CUGGAAUAGUGAUUAGAUGAUAUUUACUUGAUGAAUUUCACAAGCUUGGUAACAAACGAAUUUUAUUUCUUAGGAUCGAAUUUAUUUCAUCAGAACAAACUUGAUUUCGUGAGACGAAAUUAAUUUCAUGAUUUUUAUGUCGUGGGAACGAUUUAUUUUCUUCCUCUUCCACCGUCUAUUUUUCAAUGAAAUAUAAAUUGGAAAAAAUGAAACGAAACAAUGGACAACUUGCAACCGGGAGUAUCUAAAUAUAGAACUGGUAAUUUAAAAACUCCGCUUGGGAAUUUCCUGCGUAAUAAUAUUGUCACUGUACUUUCGUUCUAACUUUCGGGGCAUAGUGAAAAUUUUUACCUCUUCCCUUAAAGAAAGAGUUGUAAGUACUAAUGGCUGUGAACUGUGUAUGAGAUGGCAUCUAAUUAUCAUUUGUAUAAUGGAGAUCAAGUUCCAUCAAAUUCUUACAGCCCAGGUAUGGUCACUCAAAGGACAACAAACUUUAAAAUGGCUGAGAGUUUAGAACACAGCAGUCAACUUCGCUCCAAAAUGGAGGAGAAAGUUGCCUUGAUUCCAGACUUGCAUGCAAGAGUCAGUGAAAUGCAAGGUGUUCUCAACCAACUACUUCAUGAUGUCCAGAAGAUAUCUGAACAUCUGUCAAUCAAACCAACAGAGAAUCAUGUUCAUGCAGAAAUCCCUCGCUCAGUGAGUCCAAGCAGACAAAUGCAGUUAGAUCAUGAGAGCCAACCUUGGAGAAGUAUGGAGAACCAAGGUCAAAAAUUCAACAGCCAGAGGCAGUCAGAGGCUGGGACUGAAAGAAGGGAAACAAAAAUUCAAGAUCCUGAUCCACCCUCCGAACCCUCCCAAAUUGCUCCUGUGAUAAGUGCAGUUACCCCAGAUAGUGAGAAGACUGUAGAGUUCUCUGCUGAACCAAUAAAGAGGCCUGAUGUUCAGGUGGAUAGGAAAGUACUCAGUGCAGUGAGUGAGAAAGAUAAGGAACCAAAUCUUCCGUCGGACAAUUUGUCCAUCACAGAGGCACCUGAACUUGUGAAUGAUCCAGUCCUCCCAGAACCUCAGGCUGUGAACUUGAGUGGAUUCCCAGCUGAGAGGGAUAAUGUGGAGAUGGAUGAAGUGGUUGAAGCCAAGGUUUCAGCUGACCAGAAUAAAUUCAGCAAGCUCAAGUGUAAAAGAACACCUAGGUCUGACGACAACAGAAUCAUGUUUCUGUAUGGUGAUGGCACUGAUGAAACACAGAGAGUAGAAAAAGUGGGGUCCUUUAGACAGGAUGAGAGGGAUUCUGCAGGGAGAUCGGAGAUGAAUGUGGAAAUGGAAAACUGUUCAAGUGACUCAGAUGAUGAACCUGUAGUGAAUGUUAAGUCUAUACCCAUGCCAUCUGUUUCAUCUCUGCAAUCAUCUCGACAAGAAUUUGAAAACCAGACCUUUGAAAAUUCCAGUUUUAAUAGCACAUCCAGUGGGUCUCUAAAGUCCUCUCUCAAACCCAUGCCCUCACAGGCAUCAUCACUGACAGAGCCAGAUGAUCGACCAGAUGGUGGAUCAGACUUAAAAAUUCUCUCUGAGGGUGAACUUGAGGAGCUGACUUUGAAAGAGGCAAACAGGGCCGCUGACUGCACGGAUCACAAGUCUCAGGGAGCAGAUACCAUUCUUUGUGUGGAUACAUCCGGAAGCAUGGAAGGACAGAAGUUUAAACAGAUCAAAGCAUUCAUUGAAUCAUUCAUAGAAGGAAUUGAAGACGUGGCUGUAGAGAAUUCUUUGGAAGAAAAUAUAGCCAUGGUAACAUUUGGAAACAUGACCAGAGUAGUUCAAAAUCUGACUAAUGACUAUUCUAAAAUUAGAGAUGCAUUAGAUUCAUUGGAAACAGGUGGCCCCAGCCCCAUUAUGACUGGUCUAGUUCUCUGUAUGAGUGCCAUCUACAAUCGAGGAGGUGUUGUGACAUUUCGUGAACGUAAGAUCUACCCUCGUAUAAUUUUGUUGACGGAUGGUGGAGUUACAGAUCAGAGGAUCUUCAGUGGACCUGAUGCCAUUGUCAAACAAGGUGGAACAAAGAAAGAGGUUUGGCACAAAUUAAUGGAAUUUGCUGAGAGAUUCAGAACACAUAGUGAUCCAAGACACUUCAUGUGUGUUCCUGUUGGAGAUGAUGCAGAUAUGACUUUACUGGGACAACUUGUGAACACAGCAGGAGGAACAAUUGUUCAACCCGAAAAUGUAAAGAAACUAAGUCAUCACUUCCUAAUCAACACUGUAGUUGCCAAGAUCAUCCAUGAUGGUGCCCUGAGAGGUCCAGAGUUGUCGGACGAAGACUUGAAGCUGAAAAUUAAGGAAACGGAAGGAGGAGCAGACUUUGAAGACUCAGAAGUCGAGGAGGCUCUAAUGAUGAUCCAGAAAGAUAGUGAGUUGAAGGCGCAAGGUGGCGCUACAGGUGGUUCAGACAGCAGCUCUAUAGAGGCAAAGGAAAUGCCUCCUAUUGGUUCUCGAGUGAGACGAGGCCCUGACUGGAGGUGGGAGAACCAGGAUGAUAACCUGCCAGGGACUGUUGUGGCCCACAAAGCAAGAGGUUAUCUAACUGUGGAAUGGGACAAUGCAAAUCGUGGAAAGUACAGGUAUGGAGCGGAGAGUGGAGCUAAGGAUGUCAGGAUGGUGGAUGAGCCACGAAUGCUUCCUCCUGGUAUGAUGGUGGCUGUUGGAGUUCGGGCAAGAAGAGGUAAAGACUGGGAUUGGGGAUCUCAAGAUGGAGGAGAGGGAAAUUCUGGAGUUAUAUUCAAAGUGGAAGACAGUGGCAUUGUCCACGUGAGGUGGGAUAACAGUAAAAGAGGAAAUUACAGAUUCGGAUUGUUUGGGAAAUAUGACAUAGAAGUCUGUCCACAGUGCAUUGUAGCUGAGGGUGCCACUGGAAUCUCAGGGGACACAACUCCUCAGGCAUUGGAUGAGAAGACGGGCCAAUGGCAAUGGCAGGAUAAGGAGAGACGAUGGAGGGACCACCUGAGGGAGACCUCAGACAAAAUUGAACACAUCUACCAGACGCGACAGGGCAAAGGCACAGUGGUGGUGGAGUGUGAGAAUGAAAAAUACCGAGUCAUUCUUGAUAAGAAGUGCCAACGAAAUGUCUCAACAGGAACAGAGUUUCCCAUAAGGCGUAUAGAAGUGACAAUGACUUGAAGAAAUGGAGUGAUGCUUAUGCAGCAGUAAAGUUUGGAAAUGAAUGUAAUGUUACACACAGUAGAUCAACAUUUUUUAUAAUCAUCUGCUAAAAAAUCCUUGGUGUGAGGAAGGACAACUAGACAUUUCAGACCCAUAGCUUCAUCAUUCAAAUCAACUGUUUCGUUUGUGAUACAUUAGAAUUGUAAACUCACUGUAUUCAAUUGAACAAUAAAUUUUGUUUAUGAAAAUAUAUGAGAACAUGAACUGCAAUGCUUUAUACUAACAUAUUUCUUGAAACUUAAAUAUUAGCUCUUCAUGAAAAGUUUGUUGGUGUGAAGCCUUGCUGUUCCUGACCUCGUGUAUUUUCAAAAUGAAAUUUAGUUUUUAGCUCACCUGAACCGAAGGUUCAAGUGAGCUUUUCUGAUCACAUUUUGUCCGGCGUCCGUCUGUCUGUCUGUAAACUUUUCACAUUUUCAUCUUCUUCUCAUGAACCACUGGGCCAAUUUCAACCAAACAUGGCCAAAAGCAUCCUUGGGUGAAGGGCUUUCACGUUUGUUCAAAUGAAGGGCCAUGUCCCUUUCAAAGAGGAGAUAAUCACAAAAAUGCAAAAAUAGGGUGGGGUCAUUUAAAAAUCUUCUUCUCAAGAAUCACUGGGCCAGAAGAGCUGAAAUUUACCUGAAAGCUUUCUGACAUAUUGCAGAUUUAAGUUUGUUCAAAUCAUGGCCCCCGGUGGUAGGAUGGGGCCACAAGGGGGGAUCAAAGUUUUACAUACAAAUAUAUAGGGAAAAACUUUAAAAAUCUUCUUCUCAAGAACCACUAAGCCAGAAAAGCUGAGAUUUACAUGAAAGCUUCCUGACAUAAUGCAGAUUCAAGUUUGUUCAAAUCAUGGGCUCCGGGGCUUGGAUGGGGCCACAAUAGGGGAUCAAAGUUUUACAUACAAAUAUAUAGGAAAAAUCUUAUCAAGAACCACUGAGCCAGAAAAGCUGAUAUUUACAAGAAAACUUUCUGACAUAGUGCAGAUUCAAGUUUGUUCAAAUCAUGGCCCCCGGGGGGUAGGAUGGGGCCACAAGUGGGGGGAGGGGGGGCGGUCAAAGUUUUAUAUACAAAUAUAGGAAAAAGCUUUAAAAAUCUUCUUCUCAAGAACCAUAGGGCCAAAGAAGUUGACAUUUACAUGGAAGCUUUCUGACAUAGUGUAGAUUCAAGUUUGCAAAGGGUAGUUUGGGCCAUAAUAGGGACUAAGGUUUUACAUGCAAAUAUAUAUGGAAAGUCUUCAGAUAUGGGCCAAGGUGACUCAGGUGAGCGAUGUGGCCCAUGGGCCUCUUGUUAUAUUUGCAUUUUAUUUUUAUUUCUGCUGGGAUAUCCCAGCCGUUAAAAUAGUUGUACAUGUACUAUAUUUAUCAAGAUUCAUACAUACACUGUUCACAUUCUUGAGGAAUUAUGGCCAUCAUUUCAAUUGGUAAAAAACAAACAUUGAAAAUGUAAAUAUUGACACAUGAUGGAAUUUGUGAUUUUUUAAAUGUGAUUUACAAAAGAGGUAGAUAUAUUGAGAUUGUUUGUCUGUGACAUAUAUACAUAUAUUUCUUUGUGUAAGUGACCAGCACAUGAAUUUCCGGUUGUGUUGUUUACAUCAAUGGCUUAAUUGGUAUAAUUAAUAACAACACAUUGUAAAUGGUACUCAUUGUUAGUAUAGUGCAUGUGUAGAAAUUGAUCAAGAUUGAAGGAGUCUGUAGACAUGCCUCAUGAAAAACAAAAUUAUUACAAUGUUACACAUUAGUUUGUUUAAAAAUAAUGUACAUGUCUUAUUUUACCUGGAAUUUCUUAUUUUUAAAGAAAAUGGAGGCCUAGCGCUCUUACAAUAUAAGAUUUAAAAAUCAUUACAACAGUAUUUAAUGACAAAAUGCUUUCUUUGGUAUAUAAUCUAUGUUGAAGUUAAUUAUAUUUAUGUAGAAUAUGUGAGCACACUCGGGCUACUUGUUGUGUAAAUUCUGGUCCAUGCAGAGAAAUAUUAAUUAAACCAUGUCGCUGACAUUAACUUGGCAAGUCAAUUUCAGUUACCGAAAACUUAAUUAAGUUAUGAAAACUUGUAUGCACAAUGAAUUUGAUGCAAUAUCUGGCUACUUCAUGCAAUUACUGUUUUUUAUGUAAUUUGUCAUCAUUUAACAUGUAGCAGCAGCAAUGUAUUCUGUAUUGUGUGCAAGUAAAUCUUCUUUAAAGCAUUU